ACCCUUUACGCAGCCAGCCAGACAUCCCCAGUUAGCAUAGAAACGAAGAUCUGCAGUUUCAGGUCAUCGCCACCUAAUCUUGCUCUCUCAGGCUCAAGGUAUUUGAGGUUAGUCCUGUUGCAACCAAAGCCAUGGAUUCCAAACAGAGGGUGCAUAUGAAUCAAGGACAAGGUGAAACAAGCUAUGCUCGCAACUCCAGUAUUCAGAGCGCUCAACAGAACAGGAUGAAGCCCCUGAUAGAAGCGGCCAUCGUUGGCUUAUGCAGCAACCCCAACACCUUGUUGUCCGGAAAGAUGGCCAUCGCGGACUUGGGCUGCUCCUCUGGUCCAAAUGGCAUGAUUGACAAAACAAAGUUUGAUUCUUUCUACAUACCAGCAUAUGGACCUUCCGCUAAAGAGCUGAGAGUGAUCAUCGAAGAGGAGGGCUCCUCAAUCACUGAGAUGCAGGCCCACGACUAUGCAACUGGCAUGGACAGGGCGCUCCUCACCCCAAACAGGAUAGCCAAUACUCUGAGAGCUAUAUUCGAGCCGAUAAUAGUCCAGCAUUUUGGAGAGAUCAUGGAUGAAUUUGUAAGGACCGGCGAGAAGCACUUGAGCCUUCAGCAAAGCUCGCAAGUCGAGGGUACCAAAGACAUGGUGCUUGUAUCGCUCGCCAAGGCAUAACAUGACAACUGGCGUGUUACUGCUAGUUUGUAUCCCUCACCAGUUUGUUAAAUAUUUGUAGAUCAAACUCAAUCGGAUUUGUGAGAGGAAAAAAAGAAACAUCUGCUAGUGUCUUUUUAUCUUUAUCUCACACUGCAGAUGAGUAUGAUAUUGAAGUUUUGUAGAUGGUGUUUGCUAUUUCCUACCAUUCAUUUUUC